CAAUCCCUUAUCGUGUCACACCAAACCAAUGGUGAUGAGUCUGCUCCCGUUUAUAUGCAUCGGUCCGUUUUCCAAGGGUCCAAACACGAAUCUUUGUCCUGAACAACCAGUACAUGUUAUCCUCGUUCACGCGCCUCAAUACAUGUGAUUACAAAAUCUCUUCAGUAUUAUUAUUCACCCCUUCAGCUAUCUCAUACGACACUCAUGAAUCUUGCAUCAAUACUAUCUUUCUUCACAGCAGCAAGAAACCAUCAAAAGAUAUUCUUUCUGGAUUAUAGUUGGGUGGUCUGUUUUUUUUUUUUUGGGAUUAAUUGUUUUCAAGUUUUAAGGAUUUCAAUUUAACAUUUUUCAUGUUUUUUUGGGGGGGGGGUUUUGAGUGAAUUUGGUUCAGUCUUUAAAGGGUUGGUUCAGUAGUGUUUCAAGUUCAUUAAAGUUUGGUGCUUUUUCUUUAUAUAGUCGUCAUAAGUGGAUUCUUUCAAGAUUCCCAACUUGAUUCUUAAGUGGAUUGGGUGCCUUUAUCUACAUGGGUUCUAAAAAGUUUCAAGAUUCCAAAAGUUGAUGCUUUGAGUCAAAAAUUUUAAAUUAGGGUUAUUGGGUAUUGUUAAUUUUGUUGAAGAAAUUAGGGAUGGAUGAUGAUGGUAUAGAAGAGGUUAGUAGCAUUAGUGCUAGAUUGUUGAGGAGGAGGGGGAGCGGCGGUGGUGAUUCGAGUUCGCGAUGGGUCGAUGGUAGCGAAGUGGACUCAGAAUCACCACCAUGGUCAUUACUUAAUGAAGAUGAAAAUAGAAGUGAAGGGUAUGGAUAUGCUAGAAGAAGGUUGGUCAAAAAAGCCAAGAGAGUUGACUCUUUUGAUGUUGAAGCCAUGGCUAUCUCUGGCUCCCAUGGUCACCAUAACAAGGAUCCAUCGAUCUGGCAAACUCUUGGAUUGGCUUUUCAGACACUUGGAGUUGUAUAUGGCGAUAUGGGGACAAGUCCUUUGUAUGUGUUUACCGACGUUUUCAGCAAGAUCCAAAUCGAGUCAGACGUUGAUGUGUUGGGCGCUUUAUCACUCGUUAUAUACACCAUUGCUCUCGUACCUUUAGCAAAAUACGUUUUUAUCGUGCUAAAAGCAAACGACAAUGGUGAAGGAGGAACAUUUGCGUUGUAUUCAUUGAUCUGCAGAUAUGCAAAAAUCAAUCUUCUACCAAAUCGCCAACAAGCCGAUGAACGUAUAUCGAGUUAUCGGCUGAAACUGCCGACUCCAGAACUUGAAAGGGCUCUGAAAAUCAAAGAAAAAUUAGAACACAAUUCUUUUUAUAAAACUCUGCUUUUGUUACUCGUUCUAAUGGGAACUUCUAUGAUCAUCGGCGACGGUAUUCUGACCCCUGCUAUAUCAGUCAUGUCUGCUGUGAGUGGUUUGGAAGGUAAAAUACAAGGAUUCGGCACAGGUGCUUUAGUAACUGUAUCAGUUGUCAUUCUUGUGGGAUUGUUUGGCAUACAGAGGUUUGGAACCAGUAAAGUGGGGAUGACAUUUGCUCCUUGUCUUGCUUUGUGGUUCUUUAGUCUCGGGUCUAUCGGAUUAUACAACCUUAUUAAAUAUAAUGUAUCUGUCGUGAAGGCGAUUAAUCCUCUGUAUAUAUAUUUGUUCUUUAAAAAGAAUUCUUUCAAGGCGUGGUCGUCUCUUGGUGGUUGUGUUUUAUGCAUUACUGGAGCUGAAGCGAUGUUUGCGGAUUUGGGCCAUUUCUCUGUACCAUCCAUACAGAUUGCUUUCUCGUUCGUUGUGUUCCCAUGUCUUCUCUUGGCUUACAUGGGUCAAGCUGCAUAUCUUACGACACACACUGAUUCCGCAAGUAGAAUAUUCUACGAUUCCAUUCCCGAUGGGCUCUUUUGGCCCGUUUUCGUGAUAGCCACAUUUGCUGCUAUAAUUGCUAGUCAAGCUAUGAUAUCGGCUUCUUUCUCAUGCAUCAAACAAUCCAUGGCGCUCGGAUGCUUCCCGAGAUUAAAAAUCAUUCACACAUCGAGAAAAUUCAUGGGUCAAAUUUACAUCCCUGUCAUUAACUGGUUUUUGAUGAUCAUGUGUGUUCUCGUUGUAGCCACUUUUCAAAGCACAACAGACAUUGCCAACGCAUACGGCAUAGCAGAAGUUGGUGUAAUGAUGGUUAGUACAACAUUAGUAACUCUUGUCAUGCUUCUAAUAUGGCAAACAAACAUAUACUUAGCAUUCGGUUUUCUCAUCUUUUUCGGAUCGAUCGAGCUGUUAUACAUGUCCGCAGUUCUGUCGAAAAUCACCGAGGGCGGUUGGCUUCCGCUCGUGUUCGCUUCAUUCUUUCUUUGUGUCAUGUACAUUUGGAACUAUGGGAGUGUACUAAAAUACCAAAGUGAAGUCCAUAAUAAAAUCUCAAUGGACUUCAUGAACGACCUCGGCUCAACCUUGGGAACUGUUCGGGUCCCAGGAAUCGGGCUGCUCUACAAUGAGUUAGUCCAUGGUGUCCCCUCGGUUUUGGGCCGGUUCCUACUAGACCUGCCCGCGAUCCACUCGACACUCGUGUUUGUAUGCAUUAAAUAUGUCCCGGUCCCGGUGGUUGCUCAAGAAGAACGGUUUCUUUUCCGACGGAUCUGCCCGAAAGACUACCAUAUGUUUCAAUGUGUAGCAAGAUAUGGGUACAAGGAUGUCCGGAAAGAAGAUCACCACGCUUUUGAGCAGCUUCUGGUCGAAAGUUUGGAGAAAUUCAUGAGAAAAGAAGCUCUAGAUCUGGCGUUGGAGAGCGAAAUAAACGAUGCAGAAUUCGAGAGUGUUUCGGUGGGUCAACGAAGCAAUUCGGGUGAGCUUAGCGUGCCGUUGAUACAACCGGAUGGGCCUAGUGAUCCAGUGCUGCCAUCGAGUGUGAUGGGUGGCAUAGAUGAUGAUCCGAGCUUAGAGUACGAGCUUUCAGCUCUUAGAGAAGCUACUGAAUGUGGGUUCACGUAUUUGCUUGGACAUGGUGAUGUUAGAGCUAAAAAGGACUCGUUUUUCUUGAAGAAACUUGUGAUUAAUUACUUUUAUUCGUUCUUGAGGAACAACUGCAGGGGCGGGGCUGCAACGAUGAAGGUUCCGCACAUGAAUAUCAUACAGGUCGGGAUGACGUAUAUGGUAUGAUAUGAUAUGAUAUCAACCGUAUUCGUUUAUCUUUGUUGAAUUUGUUAUUCUAAUAAGGUAAUCUGUUUGUAAAUGAAACUGGUGGUGGUGGUUAUAUUCAAAAUGGUUAUUAUAAGUAGUUUUGAGUUGA